AUGCCUCGCACCCCCUGCCGGACGUCCCUGCUCUUUCGGCGACCCCCGGACUCCAGCGGCAGUCUCCGUGACCUCUGGGCUCCAGCCGCCAACUCUGUCCCCCAGGACCCCGCCGCCGUCUGCGUGUCCCCCGGAUUCCAGUUCCGCUACCCCCGCCGUCUUCGCGCCCCCGGGACUCUAGCAGCGGUUCCUGCAACCCUCCAGGAUCCGGCCACUUCCCGUGCCCCGCAAACCCAGACACCAGCCGUAGUCUCUGUGCUCCCCCAGACCCAGAUUCCAGACGCCGUCUCCGCGUCUCCUGGGAUCCAGCCCUGUCUCCGCGUCCCGCCAAACCCAGACUCCAGGCGCGAUCUCCGCGCUCGCUGGGAGCCAGCUGUCGCGCCCGUGCCCGGCGCGGGGCUGCGGCUGCUGUCUGCCAACGUGCGCCAGCUGCACCAGGCGCUGACCGCGCUGCUGAGCGAGGCAGAGCGGGAGCAGUUCACGCACUGUCUGAACGCGUACCACGCGCGCCGCAACGUCUUCGACCUGGUGCGCACCCUGCGCGUCCUGCUGGACAGCCCGGUCAAGCGGCGCCUGCUGCCCAUGCUGCGGCUGGUCAUCCCGCGGUCCGACCAGCUGCUCUUCGACCAGUACACGGCUGAGGGCCUCUACCUGCCCGCCACCACUCCCUACAGGCAGCCCGCCUGGGGCGGCCCCGACGGUGCUGGGCCAGGGGAGGUACGUCUGGUGAGCCUGCGGCGUGCCAAGGCUCACGAGGGCUUGGGCUUCAGCAUCCGCGGCGGCUCGGAGCACGGCGUGGGCAUCUACGUGUCGCUGGUGGAGCCUGGCUCCCUGGCCGAGAAGGAAGGGCUGCGGGUUGGGGACCAGAUUCUGCGCGUCAACGACAAAUCCCUGGCCCGGGUGACCCAUGCGGAGGCCGUCAAGGCUCUGAAGGGCUCCAAGAAGCUGGUGCUGUCCGUGUACUCGGCAGGGCGCAUCCCUGGGGGCUACAUCACCAACCACAUCUACACCUGGGUGGACCCGCAAGGCCGCAGCAUCUCCCCACCCUGGGGCCCGCCCCAGCCCCACAGCAGUGCCCUGAGGCAGCACGAGGGCGAGCGGAGGAGCGCCCUGCACCUCCUGCAAGGCGGGGAUGAGAAGAAGGUGAACCUGGUGCUGGGGGACGGCAGGUCCCUGGGCCUCACAAUCCGCGGAGGAGCUGAGUACGGCCUCGGCAUUUACAUCACUGGCGUGGACCCAGGCUCUGAAGCAGAAAGCGGUGGGCUCAAGGUUGGGGACCAGAUUCUGGAGGCGAAUGGGAGGAGCUUUCUCAACAUCCUGCACGAUGAGGCGGUCAAGCUGCUCAAGUCGUCUCGGCACCUCAUCCUCACGGUGAAGGACGUCGGGAGGCUGCCCCACGCCCGCACCACCGUGGACGAGACCAAGUGGAUUGCCAGUUCCCGGAUUGGGGAGACCACCACGAACUCUGCAGGGUUUCCUGAAGAUCUCACAACAGAAGAGACUAACAAGCCAGGAUUUUAUAAGGGCCCAGCCGGCUCCCAGGUGACCCUGAGCAGCCUGGGAAACCAGACACGUGUGCUGCUGGAGGAGCAGGCUCGGCACCUGCUGAACGAGCAGGAGCGUGCCACCAUGUCCUACUACCUGGACGAGUACCGCAGCGGCGGAGUCUCUGUGGAGGCCCUCGUCAUGGCCCUGUUUGAGCUGCUCAACACCCACGCCAAGUUCUCGCUCCUGUCCGAGGUGAGAAGCAUCAUUUCCCCGCAAGACCUGGACCGCUUUGACCACCUGGUGCUGAGGCGGGAGAUCGAGUCCAUGAAGGCACGACAGCCCCCAGGCCCUGGGGAAGGGGACACCUACUCCAUGGUGUCCUACAGCGAAACGGGCUCGUCCUCGGGCAGCCACGGCACCUCCACCACUGUCAGCUCAGCCAGG